AGAUUUUUGAUCUAUUUCAAUAUUUCCCGUUAGCAUAUCACAGAAAGAAGGAAUUCAUUCAUUGGUACUUGUGGAAGGUGAAUUUAUAGUGUCGUGAGAGAAAUAAUAAAGAAUAGAGAAUGGAUAACACGACAUUAUUGACGCGUGGUGAUAAUGUCUACAAUAAGAAACGCGGACGUAAGCAACGGCAGGAAGAAAUAGUUUUCGACAAAGCACAGAGACAAGAAUUUUUAACCGGGUUUCACAAGCGGAAAGUAGAGCGUCAAAAACAUGCUCAAGCUGUCGCGGAGAAACAGCAACGGGAAGACAAGCGUCAAAUGCGAAAGAUGAUACGACAACAAAGAAAACAACAACUUCAGGAGAGAAUUGAAGCUUCCAGAAAAUUAUUAGGAGCUGAAGAUACUUCUAACUCGGAGGAUGAAGAUUCAGAUAAUGUUACAGCUGAAACUGAAGAUAAAGUGGUAAUAGAAAACGACGAUGAACCUCGUACUCGUGAAUAUGAAGAGGAUGAUAAGCACGUUUCUGUUAUUAUUCAAGAAGAUGACGGAGAACAGAGCCAAAAUGAAGAGGAGCUGGCGGAUGGAAUUCAUACUCCACAAACUGAUCCUCCGCCUAGUGUACCGAUUCGUCCUCACAAACAAAAGCAAAAAAAAAAUAGGUUCCGUUACGAGUCCAAAGAGGAAAGGAGGAUGAGUGAACGAAAAUCUAAAAUUAAAAAGCUAAAACAUGCGGUCCGUCGUCGUCAUUAAGCUGGUUAGCAUUUUGGGAACAUAUCAUUCUGGUAUUUAAGCAUUCUUUUUAGUUAGGUAUAUAUGUUAAUAUAGUAGGAGCAAUACUUAUGCGGACUAAACAAGAACUUUCAGUAAACAACAGAAAUCUCAGAAGUUAUUUUCUAUACUAAAUUGUUUUACUAAUUUAACUUACAAACGAAGCGUCUGAAUGAAUUAUAUAAUAGCUUCACCAACCCAUUUAUGUUAGUCCACCUUAU